AUGGCUGCUAGUGACGGUCCCAACCGGGACAACAAGGAGGUCUAUGUCAACGACAGGGACACUAAAGAGGUUCUUGUCAAUGAUCGAUCUCCUAGUGAUUCUCCUACCGACAGCGGUGACGAGACUGCCUCUUCGACGAUUGAGCAUGUCUUUUCUGACCCUCAGGUCGCCGACCGCUGGCGCAAGGUCUACGAGAAUGCCAAGUACGAGAACCGUCAUCGUUUCGAUCCCAACUAUACUUGGACUGCCGAAGAGGAAAAGAGGCUUGUGAGAAAGCUUCCCGAGAUCGGCAUGGACACAAACGACUUCAACUACGGCCAGACUAUCUUCCUCGUCACCUUUCUCUCAGCCGAACUCCCCAGUGGCUUGAUCAGCAAGAAGCUCGGAGCCGACAGAUGGAUCCCCUUCCUCAUCUGCUCCUGGUCCCUCGUUGCAGGCUGCCAGGCCGCCCUGCACAGCAAGUCGGCCUACUUUGCCCUCAAGGCCCUGCUCGGUCUUCUCAUGGGUGGAUUCAUUCCAUUUAGUGAUAUUGUCCUUUGGCUUACGUACUUUUACAAGUCUAAUGAGCUACCCAUCAGACUGGCCUUUUUCUGGACAGCUCUCAGCACUAGCAACAUUGUUGGUUCUCUUCUCGCUUCUGGUAUCUUGCAAAUGCGAGGUAUCGCCGGUAUGGGAGGUUGGAGAUGGCUAUUCAUUCUUGAAGCCAUUGGCACCUUCAUCGUCGGUCUCUUCUCAUGGGUUCUUAUGCCUCCUGGCCCCUGCCAGACAAAGAGCUGGUUCCGUGGCAAGGAUGGUUGGUUCAAUGAGCAUGAGGAGUACAUCAUGGUUAACCGACUUCUCCGUGAUGAUCCCAGCAAGGGUGACAUGAACAACCGACAAGCCGUCAACCUCCCCCGACUCUGGAGGGCCAUCAAGGACUGGGAGCAGUGGCCGCUCUACAUCAUUGGUCUUAUGGUUUACAUCCCUCCUUCGCCCUUCAGCACAUACCUGUCCUACAUCCUUCGACAGAUUGGUUUCUCCGUCUUCAAGGCCAACCUCCUCGCCAUUCCUUCGCAGUUCCUCUACGCUGUUAACCUCCUCAUCAUCACAUGGGUCUCUGAGCGUGUCAAGGAACGAGGAAUGCUCUCAUCUCUUUCCAACAUUUGGAUCUUCCCGUGGGUUCUCGCCCUCGUUGUCCUUCCCGCCGACAUGUCCCCUUGGGUGCGAUACGCUCUCAUUACGGGUCUUCUGAGCUACCCGUACUGCCACGCCAUUCUGGUAGGCUGGAACGCCAAGAACAGUAACAGUGUGCGCACCCGUGCCAUCAGUGCCGCCUUGUACAACAUGUUUGUGCAGACAGGUAACAUUGCCGCCUCCAACAUCUUCCGCGAGGACGACAAGCCUCUCUACCGCCGGGGCAACAGGGUUAUCCUGGGUAUUACUUGCGGCAACAUUGUCCUGUUCUACCUUGUCAAGGCGUUUUACGUCUGGAGGAACAAGGUGCGCGACAGGAGAUGGAACGCUCUCACCAAGGAGCAGCAGGAGGAUUAUAUCCUCAACACCAAGGAUGAGGGUCAGCAGCGCUGGGACUUUAGAUUCGCUCACUAG